AGCAUGAAAAUAUAAGGAUAAAGGUAAAAACAAAUGAUUGUUGCUGUGGAAAGAGAGAAGGGAAACAGAAAGUGGUUUUCGUUCCCAUUUCCAUGAACUUUCGAUGAGGGACCCAUCAGCUUUGUGAUUAAAAGACACAGUCUUAUCCCUCAAAAUCCAACGCUCUUCUUCUUCUUCUUCUUCCUCAUGCCAACCAAUCAAAACAUCGGUUUCCUCGAAACACUAAUCCAUCAUUAACCACGUAGCAAGUGAAGAACGAUGAUGUCGAAGAUAAGAAUUCUGCAAGCAAUAGUUGCAGGACUAACGUACUUGUUGGCGUUGUUAACGAAAGUGGUGGUGAGCCAAAAGGGUCGUCCACAUCAGCAGAAGAGUGCGGAGGAGGAGGAGAACGAGAGGUUUGGCCUGAGUUGGAGGGUGGCGGUGGAAGCAAACAAUGUGUGUCCAUGGCGGACGGUGCCACCUCGGUGCUACCACCACCUUCAGAACUACAUGUGUGCAGGACAGUACGAGCGUGACCUAAACCUCGUCGUCGAACACAUCCUCAUCUAUGCCUCUCAGAUUCAACUUUCCUCUGACGGCAUGGAUGCUUGGAUUCUUGAUGUUGAUGACACUUGCAUCUCCAACGUUUCUUACUACAAAGCCAAGCGAUUUGGGUGUGAGCCAUUUGACUCGACCAUAUUCAAGGCAUGGAUUAUGAAGGGAAUGUGCCCGGCAAAUCCUGCAGUGAGAUUAUUGUUUAACACCUUGAAAGAGAGAGGCUUCAAACUGUUCCUGCUAACUGGAAGAGACCAAGCAACUCUCUCUGCAAUCACCACUCACAACUUGCACACCCAAGGCUUCGUUGGCUAUCAACGUCUCAUUCUCAGGAGUCCUGAAUACAAAGGGCAAGGUGCAGUGAAAUACAAGUCAGCAAUUCGGAAGGAGAUAGAAAGAGAAGGGUACAGAAUAUGGGGAAAUGUUGGAGACCAGUGGAGUGAUCUUCAAGGAGAAUGUUCGGGCAAACGCACUUUCAAACUCCCAAAUCCCAUGUAUUUCAUAUCUUGAAAUCAUCCAUCUGUUAAGGUUGUCUUUGCUUUGUUAUUGUCACAGCUCAUCAAAGAAGCUUGUGUUCUUCAAUAUUGAGUUUUCAAAACGAACACACGUAUUUUAGUUAGUAUUUUUACCUUGUACUUUCCACCUCCUACUACAUUCUACCACCUUCACAACUUAGUUAAUGGCUAUUUUCGACUUGUACUCGAGAAACCAGUGCUUGCCCAGUUAAUGGUUAUGUCGUCUUAUUUAAA